UUGAGGACCAGUCCAUUACAAGAUCUUAUCGCUCAGGAGUGUUCGUAACAAAUGGCUGUCAUGUUUGUGAGCUCAUUUAUUGGUGUUUUGUUUUUGCUAAUACAAGAAGUGGCCUUGCAAGACUUAUGUCACACAAAAUAUGGAGGGACGUGUGUGAAUUACUACUACAACUCCUGUCUAUCUGGAUACUCCUACACAAGGAAUGGGUGUGGCCUCCAGGAAAUGUGCUGCAUUCCUCCCAAGUUCCAACUGACCCCGCCCAUUCACUCCGGUCAGUGCGGACUGAGUACACCAGUGACUACACAUCAGUAUAAAAUAGUAGGCGGCACAAGGGCUCAGCCUGGCGAAUUCCCAUGGCAGGUAUCGAUGAGAUCUAACGGACACCACGUUUGUGGAGGAAUUCUGAUCGCUGACCAAUGGGUUUUGACUGCUGCUCACUGCUUCAACGAAAACAAAAACCCCUACGCGUGGACGGUGGUUGUGGGAGAGAAUGACCGUGCGGUGUUAGAGGGUCACGAGAUUCUAGAAAAAGUGGACACUCUAUUCGUUCACUCUCACUACAACCCAAGUCAGUACUUCAACGACAUUGCCGUCAUUAAGUUAGGGAAUCCCGUCCCUGCCUACACCGAAUACGUGAGACCAGUCUGCCUACCCUCAUCCAAUGACAGCUACGAUGGACUAAUUUGUACCAUUACUGGGUGGGGUGCUGCAUAUAGCGGCGGCCAUGGGACGCGGUCCCUGUACAAAGCUAACGUUCCUCUGAUUUCUAAUGCCGUCUGCUCCUAUCUGAUGGAUAGAACCAUACCAAACACUGAGGUCUGCGCGGGAAGGAAACACGGCGGUGUGGACUCCUGUCAGGGGGAUUCCGGUGGGCCUAUGGUUUGCAUCAAAGACGGCACGUGGAAUAUAGUGGGCAUCGUGUCGUGGGGGUACUCCUGUGCUGAGGCGUACCAGCCCGGGGUCUACACCAGGGUACAGUCCUAUCUAGACUGGAUUCAUCAGGUCAUGGCGUACUAUGGGGGACCUUCUCCGUCCGUCGUCGGGAAGAGACAUGUCAUCAACUACGUGUAACGGGAGUUGCCCGGUGGAAAAACGCGAAAUCACAUGUGUUAAAUAUUACAAAUAAAAGUUCAGAUUUUUACACUAGAUUGAUUGAUUGAUUGAAUAUUGUUUAACGUCCCUCUCGAGAAUAUUUCACUCAUAUGGAGACGUCACCACUGCCGGUGGAAGUUAUGACUAAGAUUGAUUUUUUUGGAACGAGGAAGCACAUUGAGGUACAAUUUAUAUAACGGGUUGUAGACUUUGACAACUUGUGUACAACCCGCCGAGGUCAGGGUAUGAAAAGCUGACCAAACUUCAAUCUUAAUCAUACAAAGAAAUAUUUCAGGUUCAGUGAGUCCUGAAAUUUAUUUUUAAAAAGACCUCAGCCUUAGACCACUGUUAUUUUUACCUCUUUGGGAGAGUAAAAUAUCUUGUACUCAAGAAAAGUUCAAUUCCCUUUAAACAAAGGUAUUUUGUGUGAACAUUGAUGUAAUUAGUCCAGUUGUCCUUCAAAAGAAGUCGAAAUUACGUCAGACAGCUAAGUUGAUGACAGAUAUGUAGAUUCAGCUGAAGCGAGCUAAGCAUUUUCCACCCUGCAUCCUGUGCAUGCUUACAUAAGUAUCUAUCAUCAGGAAGUUAAUAAAAAUGCUACAAACAAGGUAGCGUCCACUUUCUUUAUAGAAGGCAGCAGUGGAUAGACCUUGUUUAAACAAAUCUUGAAAAUUAUUUGAGUCUUAUAAAAGAAUCAACUUAGUAGAAUGAGAUCGCAGAAGAAUUCUCAUGUUUUCAAUUUUUAAUUAAUUUCAAAAGCAACAGCAAGACUAAACGUCAGUGUAAGAUUUAAUCCGAUUGUAUGAAUAGAUAUACGAAUAGACACAGUUAGACAUGCAUACAGGGCAUGUUGACGUGUUUUUUAAAUGAAAAUAAUCGUCUAAAGUAAAUCUAUAUAGAAUUGAUUUCUUAAUGCCUGUGUGCGUCAGUGUCGAAAUCAUUGAACCCUGCAUAAAAGCAAUCGCUGAUUUUUGCGUGUACUCUAACAUGCUGUUUAUUUAGACACACCUUUAAAAAUAAGGGUAUAAAAUCAGCAAUGCAUCAGUUUUAUAGACCCGUGUUUACAAAAUAAUUCCGUUUUAUCGACUGUGGGUUCUUUUUCCAACCGGGCACCUGCAAAUAUGUUUGAAAGGCAUAUUCUGGAUGUUAAUUAAAUCUAUCGAUGGAUGAUAUGAAACGCAAUGGAGGUUCCCUUGAAAAUGAUCGCAAAAAGAGCAGUGCCAUUGGAACACAGUCUUGUGAGACAAAGGACAACAAUUUGACCAAAAUGGCGAGUCGCCUUUAUCGAAGGUUAAAAACAGAAACAUUGGUGAUUCUGUUCGGUAGUGUGUGCUUUCUAUAUGUCUUGUACAUCACUCAAACAUUAAACAAAGCAGAUAUAUCUACAACACAACCAUGGAGAGGUGAAUACAUGGACACCCCUUUAAUAUUCAUCGCGGAAAAUUCCGAGGUUAUUUCGGUUCAGGAAAAACAAUAUCGGGCGUUGGAUACUCCAACUACCGCAUGUAAAUCCGAUCGGGUUCAAAAUGUGAUAAUUAUCGUGACAUCACCGUUGGAAGAUUACGCCCGAAGUGUUGUCAGAAACAGUUGGGUAUCCGACUUAUCGAAAAAUGACUCAAAUAUCGGUUAUCUUUUCCUUAUUGGAACGGGGGAAGAUUUUUGGAAUCCCGAACAUCAGGUAUUACAAUACAUGGAUAUUCUAAGCUUCAGUGUAAAGUACAGCAUACAGAAUACGUCUGAGCUUUUACUUCUCGGACUAGAAUGGGUUAUCCAGAAUUGCAAAGGCAUUAAGUACAUAACAAAGGUGCAUGGUGAUAUUUUUGUGAAUACUUUACGGUUUAACAUGUUACCAUCGGCACUUCCGGAUGCACAUUUCUUCGGUGGAAGUUGCAUGGGCGUAUCAAAACCCAACCGGAACAAAGUCUCUCCGUUUUACGUCACACGACGAGAAUACAAUUUAGAUAUCUACCCGCCCAUGUGUUCCACCGCUGCUUACGUCAUGAGUGUUGAUGUGGCGCGAAGUCUUUUCCAGGCUGUAGAUCAGGUCCCUUAUUUCCGUCUAGAGGAUGUUUACGUUGGACAACUUUUGUUCCAUCUUAAAAUUCUUCCGCGGAAUAUUGUCAAAUUUGUUGGGGAGAACUUAUCUGGGAAAGGAUGCCAUAACGAAUUUCUCAUAAUCCAUGAAGAAGAUUUAGAUCAUAUGACAAUGUCUUGGCGGCAAAUUACACGAUGUAAUUUGAAAAAUAGGAAUACUGAUAAGAAACUCGUAUUGACAUUUUCGGAAUUGAAAAAUUUUACGCGUACAUUUCAAAAUGAUCAUUGAAAAUUAUUCAAUUUUAGAUUAAAACUAAUUAUUUAUUAGUACUUAUUACGAUGUAUUCAUAAACAACAAUUACUAAUUUCAAGUAUGAACAUCAACGCUUUUCGCAAGGAGAGGAGAUACAUGUACGUUUUGCUAAUACAGUAUAAAGGAUUUACAUACAGAUUACAUAUGAUACGAUAAUUUGUAUUUUGUGUAGUGUUUAAUUUUGCCAUAAAUCCAUCAUCGCAAAGAUAUCCCCAGACGACCAUCAUUUUCUACGUUCACAGUUCAAGCAGUGGUAUUUGUUGAAUGUUUUUAAAAGUAUUGUCGAUAAUCGUGAAAACACCAAAUUAAAUAUCUUUUAUUUAUUUCUAAACAGUUUAAUUUUUCCAAUGCUAUAUAAAUAUUGUAUCCAG